CUUUAUCUACAAGAAGCGCUUUCAAAGCUUUCUUCGGGUCUUCAAGCUCAGAGCAAGAAGAAGAGCGACAAUGGAGCUCUGCGUGAUGAACUCUGCCGCGACAAAGCUCAAUCUGUUUUCUUCUUCUUGUCUUCAACGUAACCGCUCUCCCCUCUUCUGCUCCUAUCCUCUGUUCCUUUCUUGCAAUGGCUCUGUCUCGCGGUUCGGCGGGAAAUUGUCGUCCAUCAGACCGCUCGAACUGUCUUGUGUCUCGAACCGAAUUAGGUUUUUCGGAGAAUCUUCGUGUCACGGAAGCAGUUUCCGGCGGUUCGCGGCUUCCUCCGCCGUCGAUGCCGGCGUCGAAGAAGAUCGGCUUCCCGCUGAUCUCCAGGUUACCGAGACCGUGGAACCGAAUUCACGUGUGAGACUGAGUGUAGAAGUUCCACCAGUUGUCUGCGAAGAUUGCUACAAGCAAGUGAUAAAGGAAUUCAUGAAGAGAUCAAAGGUACCUGGAUUUCGUCCCGGGAAAGUUCCGGAGAGUAUUCUUGUUGGUUACAUUGGGAAGCAGCACGUACAGAGCGCAGUAGUCGAAUCUAUACUGAAACGAACGCUCCCUCAUGCCGUGUCUUCGGUGACUGGAAGAGCUUUGAAGGACUCGAUAAGGAUAGCAACAAAUUUUGCAGAAAUGGAGAAGAUAUUUACCUCUUCCAACAUUCUUAGAUAUGACGUCGUUGUUGAUGUUGCACCCGAAAUAAGAUGGAACCCCGAAGAUGGAUACAAAAAUUUGAAAGUCGUCGUUGAAAUAGACAGUGAUAUAGAUGCAAAACAAGCUUGCGAGAAGGAAAUAAGACAGCGGCACAAAUCCCUUGGUGCACUGAAGAUCAUAACUGAUCGAGGGCUGCAGGUGGGGGAUCUCGUAGUCAUCGAUAUAUCUGCUACGACAAUAGGUCAGGACGGAUCGGAUGGUCAAAACAUUCCAGAUGCUGAGAGCAAAGGUUUCCAUUUUGACACAGAAGACGGGGAUAAAGUACUUCCUGGAUUCCUUGAUUCAAUCAUAGGAAUUCGACCGGGUGAAAAGAAGUCAUUUCCUCUCGUGUUUCCAGAUACAUGGAAGCAGGAAAAUCUUCGUGGCCUACAUGCUCAGUUCACUGUUGAGUGUAAAGAGCUGUUCUACAGAGAUUUACCACCAUUGGAUGACUCGCUUGCUGAAAAGUUACUCCCUGGAUGCACCACCUUGAAGGAGGUAGAGGAAGCUAUGCUGCAACAGUUGCAAGAGAUGGAGCAAAACGCGAAGGAACAGGCAGCCGAUAAUGCCAUCCUGGACCAGCUUCGGAAGAUGGUGGAAGUGGAGAUUCCUCAGUCUUUAUUCGAAGAGCAAGGUAGGCAGUUCUAUGGAGCCAGGCUUCUAGAGAUACAGGCAAAAAUGAAGCUAAGUGAAGAGCAAUUGGCUUCGCUUUCUAGCCCCAAAGCAGUGAAUGAGUUUCUACAAACUCAAAGAGAGAGUAUUACCAACGUUAUUAAGCAGAAUUUGGCUGUCGGAGACAUCUUCAAGCGUGAAAAUUUGGAGUUCUCAACGGAUGAACUGGUUAAGGAGGUCGAGAACUCAAUUGCCGAGUUCAAGAAACACAAGCAAGAGUACGAUGAGGAGCGUGUCAAAGACCAGGUGCAAGAUAUUCUAGAGGGAGCGAAAGUGCUUGAAUGGUUGAAAGAACGAGCCGAGGUCCAAUACACCACUCGCUGAAGCAGAGCCAGAGCCUAUUCUGCCGAGGCAACAGAAAUAGAAACAUCAUUGAUGACUCACCCAUCAAGCAAGGUUGCUGGGGAAAAGUACAGAGUGUUGUAAAGUUUCAUACCUCGUCCAGGAUCAUCUCAACGCUGUAGUCCUGAGGAAUGAUGAACGAUUGGAUAUAGAUGUAUGCAAAAACGGCCAUCACCAUCUGAAAAAAUUGUGCAAAACAUUGCCAAGACUUUUCUCAA